AUGCCCAGCGCGGAUCACCGUGGCACCCCUGAAUCCAAUGGCCGUGUGGUCACAGUCAUAGAGCGCUCCUUUUGGGAGACUUUGUCCGAUCCUGCAACAAAACCAGCUUAUCCUCGACCCACACAGCAUCAAGACGUACAGCCAAACUCCAACGAAUCGUUGGUUUGGGGUGCAGCGUACCACAUUCCCGCCUCCCACGCCGAGGAGGUCAACGCCUAUCUCGAUCACCGUGAAAUAAACGGCUACAGCGUCCACUACACCCCUUUCCAUCCGUACACGCCUUCAACCCAGGAGGGCGAGCCCGACGCGCCCGAUCCAUCGAACUCAUCUCCACCAUUCCUCUGCAUGGUUUACAUCGGCCUUCCAACAAAUUCUCAGUUCCUCCGAAACCCGACAGAUCGCGAUCCGUCCUCUGUGGCGGGUGUGAUUGCUAAAAGUCGUGGUCAGAGUGGCGAGAAUAAAGAGUACUUGUAUCUUCUAGAGAAAGCCCUUGAAGGCAUCGGACUGGGCUACGCCGACGCCCAUGUUACGGAUUUAGUGCGAAGGGUUAGAGCGUUGGAGGGUGUUCGCGAGGGCAGAAAGAGCCAGAGUGAGAUUGACGUGGAGAAAAUCACUAUCCCAGAAGCGGAAUAUAGGGAAGACGAGGCGAUGGAAGAGGUGGAUGAACAUGUUGAGCGGAAAGCAUGA